AUGCGCCGCCCUCGCCUCCGCACCUCGCCUGCGAGCCUCGCCCUCGCGGCCGCCAUCGCAGCCACGACGCUCGCCUCGCUCGUCACCGCCUCGUCGUCGAGCCCGGCCAGCCCGCACGCGCCCCACCCAGCCGCACACCGCGCCAUCCCGCACCCCGCAGGCCACGGCCGCUUUGCCGCACGCGCAGCAGCCGGCGCCAACUCUGCCGACCCCGCAUCGCCCGACUUGUUGCUCGUCGAGCGAGGGCUCGCCGCCGCCGCCGACGACGAUGCGCAGGCGCGCUCGGCCCUGUUCGAGGGCGAGGUUGCCGGCAACGCGAUCGAGGGCGAGGUCAAGGUCAGCGGGUGGACCGCCGACGACGACCUGUGGAUGGCGUCCGGCACGUACGACCUCGAGGGCGCCGCAGGCGCGCUCCACAUCAAGAUCAGCGACAACUCGACUGCUGCCGCUCCGGCGUCGGCGUCGGCUUCGAGUGCCGGCGAGGACGAGGGCGAGGGCGAGCCGGCGGCGAGCGCGAGUGCGGCGGCAGGAGGCGCAUCGUCUGCGACCGACGACUCGUCGUCGCAGGCGGGUUCUUCGGCGAGCGAGUCGUCCGUCGCCGAGUCGACGACGUCGUGCACCGAUGCGCCGGCGGCCACAUCCGGCUCGGCCUCGCCGAGCGGGAACCAGUCGGCGGCCGACUCGGUGGCGGCGACGAGCAGCGGCGGCGCCUCGACGUCGACGACGAGCCGCAAGAUGUACCACGGCCAGAGCGGCUCGUCGACAAAGAUCAAGGCGACGGGCACCAAGACGCUCGACCCGGACUCGCUCGAGACCAAGCUCCUGAUCAACCCCAAGUGGAUCGCGCUCAACCCCAAGUGGACGCCCACGGCCCUCCUCGCGACAGUCGUCACGCCGGCCCCGACCAAGACGUCGAUCAAGACGUCGUCGGCGAGCGCGACCAAGACGUCGACCGUCGCCCUGACGCUCCCGGCCCCGCCGGCGUCGACGUGCCAGCCGCAGUACACCAACACGGCCGGCGGCGCCGUGUACGGGCCCGGGCUCGGCUCGUUCAACUUCCUCCCGAGGCCGUCGACGUUCGUCAAGCGCAGCGGCAACAAGUUGACGCUCGACGGCGACACGUACCGCAUCGUCGGCCCGAACAUCUACUGGCUCGGCCUCGACGAGAACGUCAACUGGCAGGUGUCGUACCCGUCGAAGCAGCGCGUGCGCGAGGCCAUGGCCAUCACGGUCGCGAUGGGCGGCAACACGAUCCGGUCGCACACGCUCGGCGUCAGCACCGGCCACAGCAAGACGCUCUGGCCCAACGCGUGGAGCACCAACAAGGCUGCUUUUGACCCGAUCGACUACGCAAUCUUUGCCGCGCGCAACUACGGCCUGCGGCUCAUCAUCCCGCUCACCGACAACUACGCCUACUACCAUGGCGGCAAGUACGACUUUAUCGGCUGGGCCGGCGCCGACACGAACGACGCGAGCCAGUUCUACUACAAUGACGACGUGAUCAGCCUGUUCAAGGGCUACAUCUCGGUCCUGCUCAACCACGUCAACGCCUACACCGGCGUCGCGCUCAAGGACGACCCGACCAUCAUGGCGUGGGAGACGGGCAACGAGCUCGGCGGCUACAUGCUCGGCGGCGGCGCACCUCCCGCCUCGUGGACCAAGGACAUUGCGUCGUACAUCAAGAAGCUUGCGCCCAACCACCUCGUCGCCGACGGCACCGACGGCUUGACCGACUAUGGCGGCAGCUUGGCCACCACGGGCAUGAAGGUGUCGAACGUCGACCUCGUGACCGACCACUUCUACCCGGCGCUGCAGUGGCUCCUCGUCAAGGACAAGAACUGGAUGAACAGCUACCAGAGCAAGGUCUUCUUCGUCGGCGAGAACGAUUGGACCGGGCUCAAGGGCGGCGACGACCUCGACACGUUCUACUCGACGAUCGAGAACAUGGACGGCUCGGGCUCGAUGAUGUGGUCCAUCUUUGGGCACGACGAUCGAUGCUGCGACUGGAUCUACCACAACGACGGCUACUCGCUCUACUACCCGAACGGUAUGAGCAGCUCGAUGAACAAGGCCGCCAUCAAGCUCAUGAAGCACUGGUACCGCAUGCGCGGCCUCACGCCGCCCUCGGCGCUUCCCGCCGUCGCGUGCCCUCAGCCAGAGCUCACCGAGUGA